GAUAAAUUAAAUUUUUUAAAGGUGAUCGAAUUUUCUAAUUCAAAUUAUCCAGAGGCGCCACUGUCGCUAAUCCAUUCCAUUCCGAUCCAUUCUGAUUUGUGAACCCAUCCCCAUUCCAUUGCCGCCAUUGCCAUUUUUCAGUUCCUCCACAACAGACAUUCGUAGUCUGUGGUUCCUCCAAAACUUCCAUCUUUGAAAAAAAAUCACGAGUGUGGUGUGGUUUUAAAGUUUCAAUAACAUUUUAUAUCUUUAUAAUAUUUUGUUGCAUUUUUGAGUUCACUUAUUGGAUAUCAAGUGGCUACAAUUUUCGUAUGAAAAUUUAAGUUGUAUGGUCAAGGGAAUCAACAAUAAUUGAAGUUAUGUCGAUAUCAUCAUCAAUGUCUCUCGAUGAUGACGAGGAUAUUGCCGAAUUCGUGAAGUGUAGAAUUUGUAUACGAGAGUAUAAUGACAUAGAUAGAAAACCCAAGUUCCUGCCAUGUUCUCACACCCUUUGCCUUGAAUGCAUCAACAAAAUUUCAAAUGGGGAUUUUAUAAUCAUGUGUCCAUUCUGUCGGAAAGCUUGUGAAAUCCUGGAACUGCCAAAUAAUGUGUAUGCACUCCAAAUGCUCAAGCAAGAAAAGGAAAAGAAAAUUGGAAAAUUGUCAACAGAUUUGCUGGCUAUUACUGAACGUUCAUUGAAAAAUAUGUUCAUGGUUCAUAAAAGAAUUGAUGAUCAACUGGCUAAGACUAUGUCUUCAAUCAAUCUUGCUGGAGAGGAAAAUCGAAAACUUGUAGAAGAAAACAACUCAAACCUAACUAAAAUGAUUUCUCUCAUGGAAUUACUUAAAAAACAAUCCAUGAUCUCUCCCAACAGUGUGCCAACCGAGCUGUUCUUUUCAGGAAAUCUGCAUUCCAUGUUUAUACUCCGAUUGUACCAGUCAGGUAGAUUAAAAGGUGAAAUUCACAUCUGCCCUGUACCAACAUUUUAUCCAGACUUUGUGCAGAAACUUGGGGAAUUUUGUUACAGAUCCCCCAAGGAGUUUUGCAGUUCUGUUGACAAGGCCGUGGCUGGAGUCUUCGUUCUUUUUCCAAUGCUACACCCAGAGUUCCGACCCGUGGUUCCAAGUAUGACUGAGCAUAUGGAUUCCUGGACAGCAGCAGCUAAGGAUGUUGAUGAGGUCGGGAUCACCAUGGUUAAAGCGUCGGGUAAUAAAAUUACCGACUGGAGUUUGGUCUUUAUACUGGAAGAUGACGAAGAUUUUCAAAUGCACGAGAAUUUGCCACAAACAGUGACGAACAAUGAGGUCUUUGGUCGUGUUAUUCACCACCACAUGCUGGAACCUUUAGUCAGACUCAGUCUGACUAGCAAGUCUGACAGAGAGAACUACGUCAUGACUCUGGAAUCUCAAUAACAACCUAGAUUCACAAGAAAUACUACCUUUGCCUAUGAAGCCAAUAAUCGGUACGUGAUGUAAAGAUGUUCUUUAUCAAAAUAAUGAAAGUAGCUGACUUAGAAAUCAUCAAUCAAGAAGUGGACAUUUAAUGGUAAAUACUUAUCGGUGAUAUCUGUGAUGAUACUAUACUCCUUACCGGUUAAGAUACGUAUGCAAGACCAUUGAGUACAAUGAAGCAACUUCGAAAAUAAAUUUCGUGUCGUAAUCCAAUCCUCCGCUGAUAAGAAGAACAUUUAUGCACUGAAGCAAUUGAUACGAUGUGGGCAGUCUACUGUGAGAAAUGGCCACAGCAAACGACGUCGAAGAUUUCGUCAAUUGUGGAGUUUGUUUCUACCAAUUCGACGAUUUCGACAGGAAGCCCAAAUUUCUUCCAUGCGCUCAUACAGUAUGCCUUUCGUGUUUAAAGGAAAUGCGUAAAGGACACCUGAUUACUUGCCCAUUUUGUCGCGAAAUGAUCCUCAGCUUGGACGUCACCGGUUUACCCAACAACCCGUACGCUCUCCACAUGCUCAAAUUCAAAGAGAAGAAAGAGCCCCAAAACAUUGUUACACUUAUGGAAGUCAGCUGGUGUUCGACCUGUGAAUCGGCAGAGAAACCAGGAUGUACUCCAUCUGGUCACUCUUCUGUCAACAUGACGGCCGACACGAUCAAGAACUUGGAAUCCCUUCUAAAAUUAAAAGAAGAACUUUUGAAAAUGAAAGACAUUGGGACAAACAAAUUGGCCAUGGCGAUACAAGAACGGAGAAAAGUACAAGAACAGCUUGCUCUGAUCAAGAAAUCCGUCCAGAGUUCAGAAGAAGAAGUACAGAAACUUCAAGAUGACAACAACCUGCGCUUGGCUGAAUGGAUUUCGAUAUUGGAAGGAAGCGGAUCAAAAGAUGGUGCCCAGGAUGGUCAACCGAAGAAAGAAUUGUUCUUUUCAGAAUUGAUGUCGUUGGUUGAUGGUUCGACCGAAGAAGAUACAACAGAGACCUUGAAAGAGAAGAUGGAAAAAUUGAUCGAGCUGUAUGAGCGAAAUUAUUGUGAAGCAACCGCAAUAGCCUCCGAGUACGAACUCCGCAAGAAAUUGAAAAUAGCUGUCCAUCUGUUGGAUGAAAAUGACAGGCGAAUUCCAACUGUUCCUUGGCUAGAAGAAGGAUUCCGUUUCCAACCGCUCUGUCCAGCUUUGAAAGGAUCUCAAGUCCGACAAGAUUCCCAGUUGCUAUCGCAUGCCGUUUUUUCAUUACUGGAAAGGCAAAAGAUUUCAUUGAAAAAUGAGCUGCGACCAAAAACGGCCAGUGCUGUUAUUUCUCCAGCGUUAUCUCCAUCCGCAUUGCAAAAUGAACACCAGAAACGUACCAUGGUAGCUGCUAAAAUACUAAGCGUAUCUCUGCCGGUCUCUGUACCAGCAAAUGGAACGAAAUUCGUCUUGGGACAGUCGUCUGUUUUUAUUCUGCGAUGGUUUCAGUCUGGUUCUCUAAAGGGUGAAAUUUUUAUUCGUCCCGUGCCCACAUUUCACUUGGAUUUUGUGCAGAAAUUGGGCGAAUUCUGUUACAAAUCCCCAAAGGUUUUUUGUAAUAGCGUCGAUCAGGAUAAGUUUGGAGUGUUCGUCUUAUUUCCAAUGGGACAUCUUCAAUUCCAGCCUGUAAUUCCCAGUAUGAUCGACCUUGGUAAUCAGAGAUCCCACUGCAACCCAAAAGCGGAAAACGUCGAUGAGGUCGGUGUCACCAAUUUGAUUCUGUCCUCCGACGGAAAUAACAACGCCAUCACCGGAUGGAGCUUCAUGUUCCCGUUUGCACAUUUCCGAAACCCAAAGUACGAAAUGCACGUGAAAAAUGUAUCUUCCAACGAGCUAUUUGGUCGUGUGGCCUCCCACCGCUCGGGAUUGGAACCUGCUCAUUUACAUGAGAACUACGUCAUAACUAUGGAAUCCCAGUAAGGUAUGAGUCCUAAUUUACGAGUUUUUAAUAAUGUAGUGCUUCAAACUGGAAUGUGAACUGUAUACUCCAGUGUGUGAAACUAGUUCAGGCAAAAUACAGUCGCAAUUUCAUUUCACGUGAUAAUAUUGGAUUAGUAGAGAAAUUCUAAUAAAAACGAUAGUCAACUUGAAAUCAAGACAAAGGUUCGGACCACUCAAAAUGACGCAUAAGACGAUAAAAACUGAAAGCUGCAGUUUAAAGAAUGUUUGUGCUUUAGUCUUUACCGACUGAUAAAAUCUACUAAAUGUUUUAGACGUAUAGAUGUUGUGACUCAUUU